AUGUCAACCUCCGGCGACAGCAACCACUCCCCUCAGACCUACGAUCCCGUUGUUCCUCACGACCUCACCCGCGCAUCUUACCACAGCGGCAUGGGUGACCACAGCAUCAUGGGGGCCCAUACAGGCUUCACAUCGACAGAGACAAAAGAGACCCGAACCUCCGAGGGUAGCGGUGCCUCACUGAAGAGCCCACGCACGGCUCGAUUCGCGGAGGCCACUACAAUCUACUCGCCAGUCGAGCAGCAUGGCAAAUCCCCCUUCGCCGACGCUGUCGAGCAAGCUCCGCUGGGCGUUGCCGAUACCGGAUUUGGCUACGUAGCAAACAACAACCCUGCUCAACGUGCAGACGACUCAAUGCCUCCAAUGUCGCCUUGGCGACCCGACCUGAAAGUUCCCAAGUCUGCCAAGACGCUGAACCCGCUGAGUCCGACCUUCCGCGAGGAAUACUUCCUUGAGAAGGGUGAGGCAAGAGCCGAGGUGGAGAACGCCCGCGAUGUGCGAAUCAAACUCCGAGUCCGCAUCGCUAAGAUCUUCCUUCGUUUCGUCAACUUUGGCUGCAGUCUGAUUGUCUUGGCCAUGUUGGCCUUGACUCUUAGGACUUUCAUGGCAACCAAGGAUCUUCCGGAGCGCAACUCGUCCACUGCAUGGAACGCCGACACUAACCCGUGGGCACAGUGGUUGCUGCUGGGUCUGGCUUGCUUCUCUCUUCUGGCCUGCAUGGUUGUGUUCUGGGGUUACUACAGAGGUGGUCACAAGCGUGCCGAGAAGCUUGUUGUCUACUACAGCACAAUUUCGAUCAUCUACUUCACUUUCAGUUUCGUCAUGUGGAUCGUCACUGCAGCCAUCUACGAGCACUCCAAGGCGAGCGGAAACACGAAGGAUAUGUGGGGAUGGGCUUGCGCACAGAACACCCGUGAACAAAUCUACUCGGAUGUCAUCGACUAUGCUCUACUAUGCCGUCUACAGGACUGGGGCCUCGUCUGCGCCAUCAUCGAAGUCGUCAUUGAGCUCCUCGUGAUCCUGAUCUAUGUCGUCGUGUUCUACCGCAUCUGGUCCAAGCGCCGUCUCAUGCGCUCCAUGAACCACCGCGACCAGGCCCGUUCAGAUCUCUAUCUCGCCCAGCUGCACCGCCAAACAGCCCCCAACACCCCCGGCUUCCCAGGCUUCUCCUCCUACCCACCAAAGUCACCCUUCUACGCCUCCCAGGCCCUGGACUCUUACUCCUCGGCCGAGAAGGGCGAAGCCGGCCCCCAGCCCCAGUUUGCCACUGCCGCCGAGACUCAGUACGCAUCCCCGCGCUCUCCCACCCGCCCAACCCCAUCGUUCCAGCUCCAAGCUCCUCCCAUCCGUCUCCAGCAAGCGACUCCUCGCGCUGGCCAGGAGGAGUUCGGCGCCCCGUCUUUCUCUGCUCCUCACGCCCAGUCGCCAUCUCCACCGCCUCAUUCUCAUGAGCAUGCGGAUGCGGCGCCUGGUGAGCAGAGUUACGGCGCUGUGCCGAUUCCCGGGGCCUACUGA